AAACCCGCAGAACUGAGCACCGCUCAGCUGGGAAACCGCGCUUAGCGAAACCAGGCGCUUCUUAUGUUUAACCUGCAUCUGGAGUGAUUUUUCUGCAAAUCUGAGGGAGAAAGGAAAGUGUCGAGGAAGUCAAGUGGAUUUUUAAAUACCUCCUCCGCCCCAUGUGAGAGAGUGGCAAAGAAUACUGGAAUUUUAAACAAAAAGACCAUGGGAUCCUUUGGGGUGAUAAUAGGAAUUUUACAUUAUAUGGGACUCUACGUCCAAUUUAGUGUUUCCUCGAGACAAGGUGGACACGGUGGCGAGAUAGAGAACCGUAUCUCUGGAAACGCAUUUUUCACGGAGGUGCCCCAUGACAUCACGGCACAGAGUGGAGAGGACGUGGAGAUGGCCUGUUCUUUCCGGGGAGCAGGCUCACCCUCAUACUCCCUGGAAAUCCAGUGGUGGUACAUCAGGAACUACAAAGACUGGACAGACAACCAGGUCUGGAAUACCAAUCAGGUGGUACCCCAGGAACAGAUCUCAAAGGAUGCUACCAAAAUAAGUGUGGUGAAGGUAGCUGGGAGCAACAUCUCCCACAAGCUGCGGCUGUCCAAUGUGAAACCUGCUGAUGAAGGUACCUAUGAGUGCCGGGUCAUCGACUUCAGUGACGGUUCGUCCAGUCACCACCGGGUGCGUGCCUAUCUGCAGGUGGAGCCGGAACAUUCUGCUGUUCUGCACCACCAUCAACAGCCCAUGGUCCACUCCGGCAUCCAGAAAACACUGGACACCCAGCCAGCGCACAUUACCCACAAAGGAGCCCGGCAACUGAAGAAGCACUCUGAAGAAAAUCCUACUGGCUGCAGUGAUGGCUGCGUCCUGUAGGGCUGACCCCUCCCCAUGCCAAAGCAAAGACCGUUUUGUGUACAUUGUGUAACAUAAUGAGUAAAAAACUAGGAGUGCAUGUCUAAUAAGUUUAUAAGUAAGUUCGUUAGUCUAUGAGGUAUAGUUGACCAGCUUACCCUGGUCACCGUUGCUCUCUUAGCGCUAUUUGGUUGUUUCACAUUUAUCUUUUCUGGUUUGGAUAUGUGUGAAGAGGUCAGGUGACCCUCACCGUGUUGUGCGCUGCCUGUAUCCAGACGGGCCUGAUAAUUCUGUACAGUGCAUUGAGGAAGGCCUGUCAGUGCAGACAUUCUGUUUUCUAAGUGCUGUGUUUCUCAUUAGUACUGAACUAAAAAUAGACAUGUGAAUUUUAAGAAAUGGUAUUUUCAUGUUGACUUUUUAUGGACUCGGCUAUUAUUUAUGAAGCUUUGUGAAUGAUUGUUUGAAGGGUUUAUUUCCAUUCUUACGUUUUGCUUUGAUGUUUUGUAAGAUAUGAAUAAAAAUAUGGUAUAUUUUACAACUUAUUCUAGGAUGUUGAUCUCUAGGAUGUUGUAUGCCUUUAUCAAAUUAAAUAAAUUGUAAAUGAACUCAAA